AUAUACUUAUUUCGUUGGGCAUUCCGAGUGUAGGAACGCCUACUAAACCCGAAGUCGUGAACUUCUAUUGAAAGUAAUACGGGAUACAAUCUCGGCAUGUUUAAAAUGUGUCUAGAUUUGGAGAAAAAUAUUGUUAAUUAAGCAAGGUUGUAACAAGGCUUAUCAUUGGGAUAUUGUGUAAUAGUGUAACGUUGGUCGGAAUUUGUAGUUUCUUCGUUUCAGUACAAAACAAUUACUUCCUUGUAACCAAAUAUAUUUCAUUUAGUUCGUGGAUCUUUUUAAACUCAAGAGAGAAAAUGGAAUAUAAUUUUGAAUCAUUAAUAUCUUCCCAUAAAUGGUGUUGGAGUUCGAGAGGAUCUAGAACUCAGUGUUAUUGUUCGUGGAAAUGGGUCAAUACGCUAUAAAAUAUACAGGAAAAGUACUUCCUACAACUAUUCGGCAAACUCCGGUGGGCUGUGACUUCAUCCAUGAUUUUACCUGCUCUCUUUGUAAAGAGAACGGAUUUAACACCGAAGCUCACCAUUGUUGUACUCAAUGCACAAACUAUUACUGCCAAAACUGUGUUUCAAAACAUAACGUAGUAUAUAAGAAGCACGCGGUGCUCGGCCGGAAGGACGUGAAGAAAUGGGAGGCUGCCCAUGGAAUGGUGGACGCCUUGGAAAGAUGCGGGAUGCACCCCGGGGAGGCACUGAAGCUGGUAUGUGGUGACCAUGACCAGUUGUGUUGUCCUGUGUGCGUCGCCGUGGACCACAGACAAUGUUCCAAAAUCCAUCCUAUUCCAGAUGUAGCAAAAGGUAUUCAGAGAAUAAUUGAGUUUCAACAAAUUCCAAAGAAGAUAGCUGAACUUGAAAAGCAAUUCGAGCUAAUGAAAGAAGCAAGAAUGAAGAAAACGACAUCUCUGAAAAAUACGCGGGCAGCCAUUUCUGAUGAAAUUAAAACUAUACGUAAAAAGAUCAACGAACUCCUUGAUAAGAUUGAGAAGACAACUUUACAGGACUUGGACGAAAUAUUAGCUAAACUUGAAAAAAAACUAAAGAAAGAUAUUGAAACUUGUGACGGAAUGAAUAUCGAACUGCAAAACAUGAUUGCCGCUUUUCAAACCAAAUCAAAAUCAAGCGAGUCAAAUUCAUAUAUUGCGUACAGAAAGAGCCAGGAUAUGAUUUCACAAGCAAACGAUCAUCUUCGUGGCAUAUCAGACAUUGAGUGUUACAAUGUAACAUUUCAAGCCAUUAAUCUUAUCGAAGAACUUUUAUCUUCAAUAAAGACCUUUGGAGCGAUUGAAGAACAAACUGCUACGACUAAACAACGAGAAGACCCCCUUUCCGAUCCAAACCACGUCUUCAGUGUUGAAGAGUACAAGGAGUACAACGUGAAGAUGAGUGAUGACAAAUGUCAAUGUGUUAUCCGUGGCGUAUGUGAACUGCCUAGUGGAGAGUUUGUCAUAGCAGACAUGCAUAAUUGUAAAGUGAAGCUCGUGGACAAGGAGUACAGGGUGAUCGACUACUGUGAUGUCCCGGAGUAUCCCUGGGACGUGUGCCACAUUGACGGAAAUGAAGUGGCCGUUUGUAUUAACAGUGUUAAUUCUGAUAGUCGAGGACUUUAUUUCAUUAAUGCUACGAAAGGGAGAUUCGUAACUACGAGCAAGUUAAGCUUCACCCAUAGAUGUUAUGCCGCAGCUCAUCAUGGUGGCCAGCUUUACAUAUCCUCCGGUAACGCCCUGUACGUCUACACGAUGUCGGGAAAGAAGGUGAAGAAGCUGUACGAGGGCAAGUCUGGGGGAUUCACGGUGCAGACAUGUGCCAUCAGUAACGACGGGAAGACAAUCUACAUCACAAACAACAGUAAACAUCAACUGAUUACCCUAGACAACAAAGGCAACAAGCUGGCCUUACUCGCUGACCUUGACAUGGAAGAACCUACCGGAGUACACGUGAAAGCUGCUGGACACGUGUUCGUCUGCUGCGAAGGCUCCAGCACAGUGCUGCAGGUUGACAAAGACGGGAAGAAAAAGUUGACCAUACUGGCAAGGAAGAAAGACGGACUGAACGAACCGCGUGAUUUAUUCUUCAGCAGCCGCACUUCCUCUCUGAUUGUUGGUGGAAGGAAAGACACACUUCUUGUUAUCAAGUUAAAUUAAAACUAAAAUCUUUCAAUGUUUGAUUUGGUACUAUCGAACAGGAAUUUUCCAUAUUGUUGUUGCCAAGUAUAUUGUAGUAUUGUCAUACAUGUAUAUAAUUGUUUUGUUUAGACCACAUGCUAUAAGUAAUAUGAUAUGAAUCCUAAAGCAUCUUGUGAAUACUCAUAUGUUGGACAAUUUAUAUCCCACAAACUAUGUGAAAAAUUAUAUAAAUAUGUUUUAUUUGAUGAAUGUAGACUGUUCAAUUUUCGUGUGUGUAUAUAUAUAUAAUCACCAUUAUAUUCAAAUUUUAAUAAUAAAGUCAAUAUGACGGUGUAAUAAAACAAUCUCUUAAUUCAAUGUCGGAGAUAGGGUUCACGUAAACGAUCAGAAAAUCAUCUUUUGAAAAAUGCAUACUCGAUUUCAAACGUAUACUGAACUUAAUUUUGAAGAAUAGAUUCUCAAGAACGCAAACAAAAAUCACAACAUACAUAUCACUUAUAACAUCGACAGUCUCGGUUAGAUUGAGACUUACAUCUCACGUUUUACAUAGACAGUCUCGGUUAGUUUGAGGCUUAUAUCCAACGGUUAACAUGGACAGUCUCCGUUGGAUUGGGAUUUACAUCUCACGUGUUACAUCGACAGUCUCGGUAAGAUUAUGACCCUCAUCCCACUUAUAAAAUCGUCACUUUCAGCUAGAAUGCGACUGCUGAUACAUUGAAAUGGUAGGUGCAUUUCAGUCAGUAUGAAUCAUAACGCGAAUGUUCUUGUUCAACAAAACUAGGAAAAUAUUGAGAACUAA